AACAAGACAGCAUACAUACAUGACAUUGAAAAUAGAAAACCCUCAUCAUUUAACCGCAGUUGAGCGCAGGGCGCCGCGGCGGGCGGGCGCGUGCCAGGCUGCGACUGCGACAAACGCGAUGCCGACCAUCGCACAAGUUCUCCCGACCUGAACGCAAACUGAUGGCUCUCGACAUUUCAUAUUCAUGUGAAACUCUCUCUGGCUCACUCAUGUGGCUUUAGGGCACAAUUCAUACGCCUGCAACAUUUUAACUGCAGAUAAUAAAAGUUUUCACGCCAAUGCCGCUGGGAAAUUUUCUCGUUCGUUUUUUCGCAACUUUCAUGACGGAAAACAUUUCGAAAAUGUUUACUACUUAUUAAUGAUAAAUAGUUUUGAUGUCGUGUUUCUUUAACAUAAGGCGCAAUGAACAGUGUCAGUUAAGUGAGGAUUCCGAAAUGCCUUGCUGCGGGUGCUGGUGGAACGGCCGGCAGAGGCACCGGCCCCCUGACCCUCCUGACACCUCAGGCAAUCCCAGGAACAAAUGCGCACUGCAGCCCGGACACAGUCUGAUGGACUGGAUCCGGCUCGGCAACUCCGGGAAAGACCUCACGGGCGUCGGCGGCCGUAUGCGGCCCGUGUCGCCGGACGAACUCGCCGCGCAUAAUACGCAAAAUGACGCCUGGUUAGCUAUACGAGGUCGUGUGUACAACAUUACACAUUAUUUGCCUUAUCACCCUGGAGGCCCAGAGGAAUUAAUGCGCGGAGCAGGAAUAGACGCUACUCAACUAUUUGAUAAAGUACAUCCAUGGGUUAACUACGAUUCCCUUCUCGCAAAAUGCCUCGUGGGACCGCUACGACUGGACAGGCCAGACGCGGAGGAACUCUUCGGUCCAUUCACUCCCUCCCCCAAAUCAGAAAACCGUCUAAGGGAACCCUCCAAAGCGCAAGAGCUCGUCAGAAAGUCCAUGGAAAAUCUUGCAAAUUGUAUUACCCCUGUUAGAAAAAAAAAUUCGGCAAAGAGCGAAGAGAACGUUAAAGGCAGCCCGCCAAGCAAAAUAAUGCAGAGUUUAAUACAAUCCAGCGAUCUACCAGUGUCAAUAAGUCGGAGAGCAGCUGCCAGCCCUGUCAAAACGUCGGAAAAAAGUGUCACCGCCCCUUCGCCUCUCCGCUUUGAUUGGAUUCAAACGUCUGCUAAACUGACGUUGUCGGUAUACACGGGGCCUCUGGCGAACCCGGGCGGCUGUGCGAGGAUCAUUGAAGGGAUAUUGUUUGUUGAAGUAGCCAUUAACGGCUGGGUGCGAACACUCAAAUUAGUUCCCGAGGCGAAGUUGUUAGAAUCAUUACAGCUGCGAGUGUAUGCUGAAAGCGGGAAAAUCGAGGUGAUAUCACACAAAGCGGAGCCGGGCUUGUGGAAGACCUGUGGGGAAGCGGUGGCGGGCGCGGCAAGCCGGGUGUCGACGCCGCGCUCCGUGUCGUGUCGAGUGGCGCGCGUGUCGCGAGUGUCGCACGACACGGUGCUGCUGUCGCUAGCGGCGCCCGCGCAGGCACUGGUGGCGCCGCUGGGACAUCAUGUGCGAGUGCAUAGGACUAUAUCUGAAGUGGAAUGCGUGAGAUCGUACACACCUGUCGGUGAGGGCUGGGGGCCUGAUACAGUACGGGAUAGUGCCAUACACCUCGCCGUGAAGGGGUAUGACACUGGCGCGUUGUCACCAUACCUAACAGCGUUACAGCCUGGCGAUGAAGUCACGGUGUCUGGGCCUUACGGAAGCUUCCAGCUGCAUACGCUAAAAGGGGUGAAGGAGAUAUACUUCGUGGCGGCCGGGACGGGUAUCACGCCAAUGCUGGGACUGCUGAAAUUCAUGCUGCCGAGGUCCAAUCCGAGAUGUGAACGCAUUCAUUUGUUAUUCUUUAACAAAACGGAGGAGGAUAUCCUGUUCCGGGAAAAUUUCGAAGAAAUCGCUAAGGAAGAUGACAGGUUCUCCGUGACCCACGUAUUGUCAGACGCCGGUCCGUCGUGGUCCGGGCAAAAAGGCCGAGUGACUACCAACCUCCUCACACAAGUUAUAGGCAAAGACUCUCUCAAGUGCAGAGAACAUUGCACGCACUUCGCCUGCGUAUGUGGUCCGACCGUGUUCACGCACACCGCCAUAGACUUACUGAAGAAACUCGACAUGAAAGAUUCGUGUAUACACGCGUUCAUGGGAUAAUGU